AUGGCGCCACUACUACCAUCAGCUCUUUGGGUGCUGCUUUUGGCGACAGCGACACAAGCGAGGCCGGCCAGUCAAUGGACGAUUCACGAAACUGCGACGGUACCGUCCGGAUGGAAGUACGUUGGACAACCCGACGUCGACACGACGGUGACGAGGGUUUCCAUCAGCUUGCAACAGCCAGGUCUGGACGAGCUGCGGCGCCGUCUCGACCAGAUUAGCGAUAUCAAUAAUGCCGAAUAUGGGGCCCAUCUAUCUAGCAGCCAGCUGGCUGCAUACCAGGAACCCGCUGCCGAGGCUAUGCAAGAUGUGAUGGAGUGGUUGAGCGCGCACGGAAUCGAGGAUCGCCUGGCCCAGAAGUCUUGGGUUUCAUUCAACGCUUCUGUCGGUACGGUGAACUCUUUGCUGAAAUGCAAUCUCGCCGAGUACACAACGCCAGAAUCGCGGCGAGUCCUUCGAACCACUGAGUACAGCCUGCCCAGCGACCUGGCGCAUCAUAUCCAGUUUGUCUAUCCACUCACUCAAUUUGUGGAGAGCUCGGCCAGAAAGAAUUUCAAUGAGCAGCGCGGCGUGGACCUCGCUAGGACCAGCCGUCGUCAGACAGCAUGGCCUGCAUCCUGCUCAGAAAAUGUGACCCCAGACUGCCUCGUCGACCUCUAUAAUAUCACAUACAUUCCACCAGACUCGUCUUCCGGGAGCACCCUUGGCGUAGCUGGCUUCCUUGAGGAGUAUCCCAACCAAUCUUCGGUCCGGGACUUCCUGGUCGCCCACAGCCCAAGGAGGACCGACGCUUCUUACAGCCCAGACUACAACUUCAACGUCGUGUCCAUCAAUGGCGGCAACACCACAAAUAACGGCUCUGGAGGCGAGGCACUCUUGGACACAUUUUACACGAUGCCUUUCACGCAGCCACUGCCGGUAUCGUAUCUUUCCACCGGAGGUCGAGGCCAGUAUAUUGGUCCCAAUGGGACGGACUUGACCAACACCCCAGCCAAUCUCAAUGAGCCCUGGCUCGAGUUCCUCCAGUACCUCCUAGAGGUCGAAGACGCAAACCUGCCCAAGGUUCUAUCAGUAUCGUACACAGAUGACGAGCAAGCGACCCCCAGACCUUACGCCCUUCACGUUUGCGACCUGUUCAUGCAGCUAGCUGCGCGAGGUGUGUCUGUCAUCGUCGCGUCGGGCGACGGUGGUGCGGCCGGCACUGCAAGCUCCACCAACUGCGUGGUAAACUCUGGGAACCCGGACGAUCCACCGCAGUUCAUCCCUACUUUCCCCGCCUCCUGCCCCUAUGUGACCUCCAUUGGAGCGACCGGACGGUACAUCCCAUGGGAGCCCGCCUCCUUCUCCUCGGGCGGCUUCUCGAACUACUUCCCGGUACCAAGCUGGCAGGCUAAGGACACGGAAGCUUACAUCAAGUCACUGAACGGAACUCAUGCCGGGUGGUACAACGCUUCAGGCCGCGGCAUCCCAGACCUGACUGCCGUCGGCUCCAGGUUUCUCCUCGGCGGGGAGGGCAAAUAUGCCUUUACGACCAAGGGGACAAGCGCUAGCACCCCUGUGUGGGCCAGCAUUAUAACGCUGAUCAAUGACAAGAGGCUGAGGGCUGGCAAGCCCGUGCUCGGGUUCCUGAACCCAAUUCUGUAUUCGGAAAAUGUGAGGGCGGCCUUGACCGAUGUGGCCAGUGGAACGAUUGGUGGGUGCUCGACGAACGGUGGACAAGACUUUGUCACGGGGUGGGAGGCGACGGUUGGUUGGGACCCGAGCUCAGGACUGGGGGUUCCUGAUUUUGCUGCAUUGAUGGAAAUUCUGGGUUGA